AUGGAUAAUGAGUCUGAUACAUAUGAGUUUCUACUAGUUGGAUUUCCAGGUCUCCCACAGAAGUACCACACCCUGGUUGCUGUAGUAAUGUUCACUGUGUAUCUCAUAUCACUGUUUGCAAAUGGUGCUGUCAUUGCACUGAUAGUCUGGGGAAAACAUCUUCACCAACCAAUGUACAUAAUUAUAGCAAAUCUUGCACUUUCUGAUCUACUGUUUGACACAAUAACUUUACCUAAAAUCAUUGCAAGAUAUUGGUUUGGGGCAGGGUCCAUAUCUUUCUUUUACUGUAUGUUCCAACUCUUUUGUGUCCAUUUUUUGGGCUCAGUUGAUUCCUAUGUCAUAAUGAUGAUGGCUAUUGAUCGUUAUGUUGCUAUAUGCUUGCCACUGAGAUAUUCAGCACUCAUCACCAAUAAACGCAUUUUCUAUAUUUCUGGAUCACUAGGAAUCGUUGUGACUUUAAGCCCUGCUCUAACUGCCAUCGGGUAUGCGCAGUUCCCAUACUGUAGCUCUAGAAAGGUCAACAACUGCUUUUGCGUUAGCAUGGCUAUAACACCUCUGGCCUGUGGGGAUACUUUAUGGCUCAGCAAAAUAAUUUUUAUUUUUGCAUUGCUUGUACUACUUUUGCCAUUAUUCUUCAUUAUCUUUUCUUAUGUCGCCAUUAUAUACACUGUCUGCUCAUCCAUUGCAUCUGGAAAACGUUGGAAAGCUAUUUAUACGUGUACCACCCACCUGUUUAUCAUUGGCAUGUACUAUGGUCCUCGAUUAUUUGUUUAUACAGCAUUUCAACUAAAAUUCAUUUUUAGUCUUGAUAUUAGUGUUUUGCUUCUUUUUCUCUACACUUUCAUUCCGCACAUGGCAAAUCCUAUUAUAUACUGUCUCAGAGCAAAAGAGAUAAGGCAGACAGCUGCAAAAAUAUUUAAAUUGAGGUUUAAAAAUUAA